UGACAUCGGUUGCAUCGGUGUUCGACUUCUCUCGACUCACCUCUUCACUCGAUUGGUUUCGCCUUUCUGUUCCUCACAUGUGUCAUGUCUAUGUUUGAAAAACAUGGCAGCGCCCUCGAGUGAAGUGCAGAUUGUUCCUGCCAAAAAACCCACAGUCCGAGGACCACGUCGGGUAGCCAAUCAAAUUCCAGAUGAGAUCCUGCAGGACCCGGAGUUACAGGAGGCGAUCAAAGCCCUGCCUGCAAAUUACAACUUUGAGAUCCACAAGACGGUUUGGCGAGUGAGACAAGCAAAUUCUAAGAGAGUGGCUCUGCAGCUUCCAGAGGGCCUGCAGAUGUUUGCCUGUGUCAUCGCUGACAUCAUCGAGAGGUUCACGCAGGCAGAUACCAUUGUGAUGGGGGAUGUGACGUACGGGGCCUGCUGCGUUGACGACUUCACCGCCCGUGCCCUGGGAGCUGAUUUCAUGGUGCACUAUGGCCACAGUUGUCUCAUCCCCAUAGACUCCACAGCAGGUAUUAAGAUGCUGUAUGUGUUUGUGGAUAUCCAGAUGGACAAUGCACACUUCCUGGACACAGUCAAGUUCAACUUCCCCCCUGGACAAUCCCUGGCACUCGUCAGCACUAUUCAGUUUGUGGCAGCACUGCAGGCCGUGAGUGCAGCCCUCAAACCAGAUUAUGAUGUGCUGGUCCCACAGUGUCGACCUCUGUCACCGGGAGAAAUUCUGGGCUGUACAUCCCCUCGCUUGGACCGCGAUGUGAAUGCCAUAAUCUAUCUGGGAGAUGGAAGAUUUCACCUCGAGUCAAUCAUGAUUGCAAACCCAGAUAUCCCUGCGUACAGAUAUGACCCCUACAGCAAAGUGUUCACCAGGGAGUACUAUGACCACGAGGCCAUGCGUGCCUUAAGGCUCCAGGCUAUUGACAAGGCUCGAUCAGCCCAGAGAUGGGGCCUCAUUUUGGGCACGCUUGGUCGGCAGGGCAACCCCAAAGUCCUGGAGCACCUGGAGGCAAGGCUUCAGUUGCUGGGCAAGUCCUUCACUCGAGUGCUCUUGUCUGAGAUUUUCCCCAGCAAGCUGGAUCUGAUGUCAGACAUAGAUGCGUGGGUCCAGAUCGCAUGUCCACGUCUGUCCAUUGACUGGGGCACAGCCUUUUCCAAACCCCUGCUGUCCCCAUAUGAGGCAGCUGUGGCUUUACAGGAAGUUGGCUGGAAGGAAGUCUACCCCAUGGACUUCUACUCCAAUCAGAGCCUGGGGCCAUGGGCGCCCAAUCACCCUGACAACCAACCGGUGCGGCCCACUCGCAGACAGAAACAAGGCUCGGAGCCAGCACUUCCUGCCAAACGGUGUGAGCAGAACCGGUGCUCCCCCUGUGGUUGUCAAGGGGAAUGACGCAUUGUGACCAACACUGUCUUUGACUGGUCUCGUGCCUGCCCGUGCCUCUCUGCCUCUGCUAACGACAGGAGGGAGGUCAGACCAGACGAAGGAGGGUGGGUAAUUUUUUCCCAGACAGUCUAUCAGCCAGCAGGGCUAAAGCCAGAGGAUGUCUCAGCCCCUCCUCCAAUGGAUGUCCAGCCAUAAAUAAUCUCUCAUUUUACAGCACUGCAGAUCAAACCUGCUUCAUUGCUCUUAUUCACGUUCCCUGCGUGUGUUCCGGGAUCAAAAUACGAUUGAGAGUGUCAAAUUCCCAUGAAGGAGCUGCUCUCUGCUGCACCAACAAAGGAAUUGUUCCUGCACAGGGGAAAUGCGUGGGCCUUUCUGUCUGAAGACACGUUGUUUUAAUUGUUCAAGAAAGCUUUGAGUUGACCUUGAGCACGUUGUAUGGAAUUAAAGUGUCUGUUAAUGUGGGUGGUUUUAGGCGAAUGCAACGCACUUGUCCUUGGACAAGGCGCUGUAUAUAGUCAGACACCUCUGAUGAGUUUUCCUUCACACCAUGUUUCAUAGACACAUGGUAUGGAGCUCUUUAUUUGAUGUACAGCAUGUAACGUUCUGCUGAAAUGUGCACAGUAAAAAUGUGAUUACAUUAUUACAUAAUCUUCUU